AUGAGGUUCUGUCUUCAGCUCUGUGUGCUGGGGGUGAUGCUGCUGUGCUCGGUCCACUGCAAAAACCCCCUGAGCGGAGCUUACUUGGAUGGAGACGUUAACUGCGCAAUUUUGAGUUCAAUUCACUCUAGAGUAAUCGACCUUCAUAAACGAACUAAACCACAGCCAUUCGUUUGUACUGGUUUUGAUCUGACCACAUUUCUACAAUUACUGAGCGCCAUCCACACAAUUGAAGAAAUCAAUAACUCUACAUUGCUUCCGGGGAUAAAGCUGGGAUAUGACGUCUGUGAUCCUUGUGCAUCUCCCACUAAAGCCCUGCACUGUGUGGAACAUUUACUGGCCGUUAAUGGAUCUCUGCCGGCCCUUGUGGACUACACAGACUUCCGUCCGCCAGUGAAAGCUAUUCUGGGAGAAAGAUACUCAGAGUUAUCCAUCGCUAUCGCCAAGCUCCUCAGCCUCUACCUGUUUCCUCAGAUCAGCUGCUCGUCCUCUUCUCCAGUCCUGAGCGACAAACUGCGGUAUCCGUCCUUCAUGCGCGUGAUUCCCAGCGACGUCUACCAAGCUCAGGCUCUGGUCAAACUCAUGUCUCAUUUCUCCUGGAACUGGGUUGGUGUCGUGUAUGGAGAUGAUGACUACGGUAGAGCGGCCUACCAAAGCUUCAUGCAAGAGUCCGAGGGAAAAAUAUGUGCUGACUUUGAGAAAGUGGUUCCACACUACUUGGACCACGUUGACGUCGAUAAGCACAUCAAAGAUGUUGCUCAGAGUAUACGAAAAUCUGAAGCUAAGGUCGUGCUGCUCAUUCUGAAGCCGCAGCUGGUGGAGAAACUCUUCAAGGAGAUGAUCCAAACCAACACGAGCAGAAUUUGGAUCGCGAGCGACGCCUGGUCCAUGAACCGCUUCUUAACAAAGAUGAAAGACAUCAACAAAGUGGGCAAAAUCUUUGGCUUUUCCUUUUCCAUGGGAAUUACACCAGGGUUCGAAGACUACUUGAAAAACCUCAGGCCAACGCCAGGAGCAAGAAAUGACUUCAUAGAAGAGUACAAGCAGUUGCGACUGAACUGCUCCCUGUCACCCUCCACCUGCGCCGUAGAUGAUGUGCUGCAGGCAGUGGACCUGAGAGAGGCCUACAGAGAGAGAGUGGCCAUACAUGCUUUCGCUCAUGGGCUCAGGGCGCUGCUGACCUGCAACGAGACCGCCUGCUCUGGAGAUACCAACUUCCCUCCCUGGCAGCUAUUGGAAAGUAUGCGCAGUGUGAAUUUCACCCUUGAUGGCAAUACAUAUUCCUUUGAUGAAAACGGUGACUUUGCGGAUGGUUACGACCUCAUAAUGUGGAAGGAAAAAAAUGAUGAACGCUUUAUUGAAAUUGUGGGAAAAUUCCUCUUGAAAAAUGGAGACGUGGAGAUCCUCAGUCAAUUCCAGUGGAUAAAUCACACACUCCUCUGGUCCAAGUGCUCAGAGUCUUGCCCACCUGGUUCUGUGAAGAACCAGUCUAAGAUCCCCUGCUGCUACAACUGCGUUCAGUGUGGUGAAGGAAAUUAUACUGAUGGAUUCGAUCUACCUGAAUGUCUGAGAUGUCCCAAAGGAAUGUGGUCUAAUAAAGGAGACAGUAAAUGCAGGAAAUUCGAGGAGAAGUAUCUGGAUUGGAAUGACAGUUAUCCCAUAGCUCUGUUAGCAGCCACGGCAAUAGGCUUGGUUUUAGUGUUGACUUCACUCAUCAUUUUCUAUGUGCACAGAAACACAAUAGUAAUCAAAAAGGCUGACAAUACAAUGUCUUGUUUCAUGUUACUGGGGUUGGCGGUCAGCUUCGUCAGUGUAAUCAUGUUCAUCAGCAGGCCAAACGAGCAUCUGUGUCGGGCACAGCAGGCCGUGUACGGUCUCGGUUUCACCCUCUGUGUCUCAUGCAUACUGGUUAAAGCCUACCGCACUUUCCUGGCUUUCAUGGCCUUUGAUCCAGACAGCCAGCAUAAGCUUAAAAAACUCUACAAGCCUCUUAUCAAUUUGGGCCUGCUUACCGGUGGCCAAGGUAUCAUCCUAUUGUUCUGGCUGGUUUUCGGGUCUCCUCACCCAGAUUUAAAGUGGCCUGGAACUGGCAUGGAAAAAUACGUUGUCUGUGAUGAGGGCUCCAUUGUAGGUUUUGGGGUGAUGCAUGGUUACAUAGCUCUAUUGGCCUUCAUUUGUUUCUUUCUUGCUUUCAAGGGUAGAAAAGUCCCCCAUGAUUUCAAUGAGACUGGUGUCAUCAUCUUCAGCAUGUUGAUUCAUCUGUUUGUCUGGCUUUGCUUUAUUCCCAUUUAUAUUGAGAGAAACAAGACAGAGCAGCGGCACAUUGUUCAAGCUUCAGCCAUCCUGGCCUCCAACUAUGGCAUAAUGUUUUGUCAUUUUGUCCCAAAGUGCUACAUAGUCCUGUGGGAGCUGUCCGAGAACUCAAGGGCCUCGAUCAUAGGCAGGUUGGCUAGACGCGUUAAAGAUGACACGGUCAAUGCAAACAUCACUGUAUUAAAUGAGACGGGUCGAAUCACUCCAGACUCAGGCAUCUUCUGCCAAGGUGUAGGAACAUCGGUGAUAGAGAUCAGCACACUUUCUAAAGACGUUUCCAGUUCUAUGAAGACUGUGGACUUAUUUAAUACAGAUAGAGGCAGUAAAGACCUAACAGUGUCCCGCCAUGCCAAGCUGAGACAAAGACACACUACUCAAUAAAAAUAAAGGGGCUGUCUUGCCUUCUUCCAGCAACUGCAUUUACAAUUAACAAACAAAU